AUGGCGUCUCCACUGGUUGAUGAUGAUGAGGGAUGCGAGCAAGUCUCACUUCAAUCGACUCACAACCAUGUUGGACCUCUUGUCCCUCCCAGUGAUGAGAAAAAGACUGUGAAUUCUACCCUGAAUGAAGCCAACAGCGACCCUUUGGAGGACCAGUAUCCACCUCCCACCGAUGAGGAAAAUCGAACUCUUCGAAAAGUCUCCGCGAAUGUUCCCCUCGUCUCGUUUUCUCUGUGUCUUGUCGAAUUUGCCGAGCGUGCCUCCUACUAUGGCGCAAGGACAGUUUUCGCCAACUUCAUCGAAUUUCCUCUACCCAAUGGGGGAAAUGGAGCUGGAGCGCCUCCACGUGGAACCCAACAGACGGCCGGAGCCUUGGGCAUGGGGUUACAAGCCAGCAGUGCUCUAACUCUGCUCUUCAGUUUCCUCGCAUACGUUAUUCCAUUGUUUGGAGGCUGGUGGGCUGAUGUUCACAUUGGAAGAUACAAAGCAAUCAUGGUGGGUGUUCUCAUCUGCGGUUUGGCGCAUAUCAUUCAGCUUGUAGGCGCCAUCCCCUCCGUACUGCAGAAGGGACAAUCACACGCAGCACCACCCUUUAUCAUCGGUCUUCUCUUGCUCGCCUUCGGCGCUGGAAUCUUCAAACCGAACAUUAUCCCAACGGUCCUCGACCAGAAUCGCCACCAGCGGCCAUAUACGAAGCAGCUGAAAUCAGGCGAGAAGGUGAUCGUGGACCCGCCCAUCACGAUGACGAGAACUACGCUUAUUUUCUAUGGCUUUGUCAACGUCGGCGCUUUCUACAUGCUUCCUUGUACCUAUUCCGAGAAGUAUGUUGGAUACUGGCUGUCCUUCCUCCUCACGGCGGUCAUUUACCUCAUGCUACCGUUGCUGCUCCUGGGCAUGUACACGCGAACGUACAAGCAGCCGCCUAGUGGGACAGCAGAUUUCAUUCAGGCAUUGUCGAUUACUAAAACAGCCCUCAUUCAAAGUCGAUUCCGGAUCUGGCACAAAGACUUUUGGGACUUCGCGCGAUCGCCCCAUCUUGAGAGCAAAGGUCUUUCAACUCGAUGGACGGAUGAUGCUGUCAGCGAUGUUUCCCGAGCAAUGACUGCAUGCGACAUCUUCUGCUUCUUCCCAAUCUAUUAUCUGUCCGGGGGCAUAGGCUCGGUGCAGGCGAACCAAGGUGCCGCUAUGAUCACCAACGGCGUACCCAACGAUGUGCUGGACAACUUCAACGCGUUAACUUUGAUAACCGCGGUCCCCACUUUGACUUUCAUUAUCUAUCCGAUGAUGAACAGACGCAACAUCAAGUUUGGCCCUAUCAGUCGAAUGACCCUUGGGUUCAUUCUAGCAGUUCUCAGUGGUGUCUGUGGCGCCCUGGUACAGUGGCAGGUCUACAAGCAGUCUCCUUGUGGAUAUUCUGCUUCGACCUGCGAUCGAGUUGCCCCCAUCUCCAUCUGGUGGCAGCUCCCCACCACCAUUCUCAGUGCGUUGAGUGAAUGCUUCUGCAAUGUGACCGCCUAUGAAGUUGCCUAUUCCCGAGCCCCGAAAAGCAUGAGAGGUACAGUGGUUGCCGUAUACCUGUUCAUGAGCGCUCUCUCCAGUGCUCUUGGCGAAAUCAUGAUUCCUGUCACGAAGGACCCCUGGCUUAUCUGGAUCUGGGCUGCGCCUCCUAUUACACUUUUUCCACAAACCAUGAUCUUCUGGUAUCGCUUCCAUCACAUUGACAACGAUAUCUAUGCUGCUGCUACUGCCAGUGUGGCUGAGGAGAAGGUUAAAGAAGGAACGCUCGUCUAG